AUGGCCUGGCCAAACAAGAACAAAGACAUGCUCUACCGCCGGCUUGGCAAUUCCGGCCUUCAUGUCUCCGUGCUGGGACUUGGGGGCUGGUUGACGUUUGGUGGACAUGUAGACAAUGAAAUCACCUACCAAUGCAUGAAGCAAGCCUACGAUUGUGGCAUCAACUUCUUCGACACAGCCGAGAGCUAUGCGGGAGGACAAUCCGAGAUCAUCAUGGGGCAAGCGAUCAAGAAGUUCGGCUGGAAGCGAAGCGAUCUCGUCAUCAGCACGAAGGUCAACUGGGGUCUCGCAAACGGCGAAAUCCUCAUCAACAACCACGGCCUGUCGCGCAAGCACAUCGUGGAAGGUACGCGGGCGUCACUGGAGCGGCUGCAGCUGGAGUACGUGGACAUCAUCUACGCGCACCGGCCGGACCGCCUCACGCCGAUGGAGGAGACGGUGCGGGCGUUCAACCAUGUCAUCGAGAAAGGGUGGGCGUUCUACUGGGGCACGUCGGAGUGGUCGGCGGACGAGAUCAGCGAGGCGUGCGGGAUUGCACGGGCGCUGGGGCUGAUCGCGCCGGUCGUCGAGCAGCCGCAGUACAACAUGCUGACGCGGCAGAAGGUCGAGGGCGAGUUCCAGCGGCUGUACUCGCGGUGCGGGAUCGGGUUGACGGUCUUCUCGCCGUUGAAGAUGGGCCUGCUCAGCGGCAAGUACAACGACGCGACGACGCAGCCGCCGCCGGGCUCGCGGUUCGCCGAGAGCAACGACAAGUUUGCGAACUUCGUGCGCGGCGAGUGGGAGACCGGGUGGGCGAGCAACAUCAAGACGGUGGUGGGGCUGAAGACGCUGGCGGACAAGCUGGGAAUCAAGCUGCCGCAGCUGGCACUGGCAUGGUGUCUGAAGAAUGAGAACGUCUCGUCGGUAAUCACGGGGGCGUCGCGACCGGAGCAGAUCGUGGAGAACGUGGAGAGUCUCAAGCUGCUGCCGCGGUUGACGCCGGAGGUGAUGGCGGAGAUCGACGAGUACUUGAAGAACAAGCCUGAGACGGAUCCUGCUCGACAGGAUUAG